UUUUUAUUUUCCAGAUUCCCACAAUAACAUGGAAAAUAAAACAGAAAAAGUUGCCGUUGAUAAGGAGGAGCUCAGGAAACGCUUGACACCUUUACAAUAUCAAGUUACCCAAGAGGCCGCUACCGAGAGACCGUUCACAGGUUGUUACAACAAACACUAUGAAAAGGGUAUCUAUCAGUGUAUAGUCUGUCAUCAGGAUUUAUUUAGUUCGGAUACAAAAUAUGAUUCUGGUUGUGGUUGGCCUGCAUUCAAUGAUGUCUUAGAUAAAGGCAAAGUUACAUUACAUCGUGAUGCCAGUAUACCAGGGGGUAAUAUUUUACUACUAAUUAAACAUCCAGAACGCAUACGCACAGAAGUACGCUGCGCCCGUUGCAAUGCCCACAUGGGUCACGUUUUCGAGGAUGGACCAAAGCCAACACGUAAACGUUACUGCAUCAAUUCAGCCGCCAUUGAAUUCAUAUCGGCCGAGGAGCUUAACAAACAACGUGGAGGUGGUGGUGGUGUCCCAACAACGAAUGUCAACACAGCCACACCCAUUGUCCAGCAAUAGCAGUAGC